CAAGAAUACAAAAAACAUCAAAAUUUCCCCUCAGUAGUUCAAUAAUCCAUCAACAUUCACCGCACGUCACAAACCAUGCACUUGUCGAAGAUGCAACAAGUAGUAAAAAUGCCCAUUAAAGUCAACGACAACAACAAAAAAAGUCUCACAAAGAAAUUCCAUAAAAAAGAGCUUAAAACAAAAUUCCGACAGCGCUGCUCGCUCUAAUGACUCAUCCACAUAUGUGAGCAUAUAAAAAAUUUCAUUCAGUUUUACUUUAUCGUGUGAGAUAUUCGGACGUGAUUUGGACGUUAAGGAGGUUUUUGAGGUUAUUUAAGGAUUUUAAUAAGAAGUACAAAAGCAGCAUCAACAAACCCAACCCUGAGGCUUCAUUAGACAGCAAACUAAUUAGCAUUUCCACAUUCAUCAGAGACAGCAACAAAUUCAGCAAUCAUGACAAUAACAAAGACAGCAUUCAUUAUUUCAGUAUUUAAUGUCGUCAGUUGCACAGCAUUCUUCCUGUACAGAUUCUUAAUAUUCUACGAAAUUGUGGAACUAACACAGACAAAUGAGAUUAAUAGAUUUACAGUCGUGUCGAGGAGGGAAUUUAAUCCAAAUGUGACGAGUUAUAUGGAUGCUGAACAUGGUCUGAUAGUUGAGAUGAGCGCCUAUUUCUUGGGAAUCUUGUUUAACGCUCUUCUGCCUUUAGGUGUUAAUACAGCAAGAGAAAAGAACUCCUUCUUCUUUUUCCCUCCAUACUACAUCAUUGCCAUUUUAUUAUCAGCCGUAACAUUCGCAUUAGGCAUCAAGAACGUCUCAUUGACUUAUAUUGGAUAUUCGGUUCUGAAUGUGCUUUUUAUUAUCGGUGUUAUUGGAAUUCAUCGAGCAAUUAAGCGUGAGAAGUCAUACACAAGGAAAUAUAAUGCCACAAAUGUAUAAAAAAAAUGUAAAAAAAUAAUAAGAUUUUGUAGGUUUAAAAUAACAAAUGAAGUCUGAUGUUGAA